AUGUUGCCUUCUCUUACCCUGAUGGCAAUUGUCAUCAUACCUGCAGUGCAGAGUCUACCCUCCAGCCCAGCAAGCAUCUACCGCCGCUGCGGCGCAGUAUCAAAAUACUACGGCCAAACAACCAGCGACUGGGACACCUACCACACAGAGGACUGGCUAAACAACUGGUGGAACCGCAACAAUGUGAACAAAACAUCCAAAAAUGCAGCCGGCUUCGCAGGCGAAUUCGGCCAAUGGGCAAUGGGCAACCCGGACUGGUCCUGCCGGGACGACGGCUCCGACUCAGACUGCGAUCUGGAACUGUGCGAUAACCGCGUGCUGAACAGUCGCGGCAGUGGGCUUCGGCAGACGUACUACGUUCUCGAGGCUGUGAAUCGUUUGCAUACUUAUUUCACGGGUAUUGGAGAGGCGUUUACUACUACUGCGCUUGAUGCGGCGCUCUCCAAGGACGACUGGGCGGAGACGUUCUAUACGGAUAAGGAUGAUAAGAGUGUCACAGCGCUUAAGGAGGCCCUGAGUGCUGUUGCGGCUAUUAUUGGUAUUGGUGCUUCUUUUGCAGGCCUUGCCGGUCCUAUCACAGGUGCACUUGCUGGUGCUGGCGCGGCUAUGAUGAGCGGAUCGGCAGGUGCUGCUAAUAUCAUCGUCGGACAACACGAGGACGACACGUUCGAAAAAUCCGCAGACCUAGGCGGGAUUCUUGGUAGCAUCGUCACGCAAUCUCUCAAGUCCUUCACAACAGCCAACAACCAGCUAAUGGCCGGGAAAACCUACAACAACGCAGAUAUCCGCUCCUACCUCUCCGGCGGAGCCUUUGUAGCCUACGAAGGCGUGGACAAAAACGCCGUCACAGACGCAAUGACAAACAUGCUCAUCGGCAUCUCGGUCAAUCAGCUCUACCGCACCCAGAAGAUCUUUGUCAUGGGCGGCGGUGCCUGCGGCGACAACCAGGGCAUUGGAUCUGGUCCCCAGAACGCAGUCGUAUGUCGGGAUGGCAAGGCUUGGUACCUGUAUUACUGGCAAGAGGACGAUGUCAUUUCCGUGACCUCGCACCAAUGGGGGUGGGUUGCUUCGCCUCCUGGGGCGGAUUCUUUAGGUCAGAAUGAGUAUAGUGGUGUGACAGUAGAGGAUAUCAUCAACUCCUCCUUGGACGCCUACAAUGUUGCCGGUUACAGCUAUACCGCUGCCACAGCGGCGCAACGCGCCUCAGAUGCCAUCACCAAUGCCUGGGCCAACCCGGGCUCAGAGGGAGCUGCGUGGGAAGGAAUUUUCACCGUGCCUGUGUGCGACGUUGGCUCCGCCGUUGACGCGGACUACCAGCUCAAGGAGUAUAUCCUGCAGCCUUAUGAUCACGACAGCCGACCAUGCUGGUGUGGUCCUAUCUGCAAUGGCGAUUUGCAGACCACAAGAGAAUUUAUCAACGCUACUAAUAUGAAUGGAUUCCAGAGUCCGAAGCAUUUGUGUGAUACGGAUCCAGGGUAUUAG